CCAUCUUUUCGCGGGCUUACAUAUUUUCGGUGAAACGAGAGCAGGGGUUGACAGAUCUACUGGGGGACACGCUCACUUUUAGUCGCAACAUGGAUAACGAGCUCAGACCAGCAGAUCGUUCUCCUCUGCAGAGACGAGCCGUUUUGACCACUCAAUGGGACUCUCUGGAGUCCAACACGGAUAACCUGGCCCAGGAGAGCAAACAGCAUCUACAAAUGCACACUGAUGAAUAUAUGCUGUGUCAAGGGAAGAUCUUGAAGGGGGAAGACUGGGAGGAUGCAAUUGCAGGUGACACAAAUGAAGAUUUCCUGCUUUCUGAUAGCAUUGAAGUUUCAGCACAGCCCCACACGAAGAGGAAACCUGUAAUUGACACCCACAUAAGUCAGCUGGACACCUAUGAUUCCUACUCAGAAUUGUGCUGCAACCCCAACUGGAGGAUCAACAAAGAGGGAGACGCCAUGAACUCUGCCCAGAAGCGUCACUACUCUUCUAGUCCGUUGCAGAAACCAUUCAUUGGAGAAUACAGAUACAUCUCUGACACAAGUUCAGCGAUGGUAUUAACUCCUAAUAUUGCUGGCAAUCAGUGUCAGCCAUACCACCUACACCCCCAAGAUGACUAUGUUAGCUCAAUAAAAACAUUUCACAUGCCUUUGGGUGAUAUAUCACCAAAGCGUAGCUCAUCUAGUAUAUCUACUAAAGCCAAUAGUGACAACACUUCCCAUAGGCAGUUCAAAGAGACCCUUCAGAAUAGGUGCCAUUUGGAUGAAAAUGUCAAUAGAUCUCUUGAGCUGACAGAGCAUUCUAUGCACUUGAAAGAAUAUAAGACUGACAACCAAAAUGAUCUAAAACACAUACCAGGAGAAUUAGUUCCAAUAUCACCCACAACAGAGAGUCCCAAGACUCUUAGAAAGAAAAAGAGGCAAAUACAGAGAGAGGACCUUGUACGACGAAACAAAAUAACGCUGGGUCGCAUCGCACCUGGUAACGGAUCUUAUGUGAAUAUGCAUGCACUCAAGCAGAAGAGGCCUCACGCUGUGAAAGAGACUGCUGAGGAGGGACACAUUGCUGAAUGUCCAAAAGACAGUUUAGACCUAGAACUGGGACUGAUCCAGAAAACACAUCAAUUGAAGGUCACCAAUUUCACGGAAGAAAGUGAGGCACAGGGGAAUAUGGAACCUUACUACAGAAGCACGGAGAAAAGUCCAGAAUGUACAACCGCAUCAAAAUGCCAAUUCUCUGGUAUGGACAGCGAACAGAAGUGUUGUCUGGAGGAGAGUGCAAAGACAACUGACAGCCUCCAUGGUCACAGCUUUGAUGGUUGCCUGGCGCCGAUGGAUCAUCAGACAAGGGCAAAGCCUAAUUACAAGGCAUACAGCUUGAACGAAUACAAGGAGUUGAAGCUAGAUGUGAAUCUGCGAGGCCUGGGACCUGACUACAUGGCAGUUAAAAAGAGUGCUGAGAAGAUGAAACAACAGAAGCAGUAUUCAAAUGGGGUCCGUGAGAGGAACAAAAACCUUAGUAAAAUACCUUUCAUAAUGGCCAAGGAUCCAGUGGUCAAAGACAAGAGAAUUGCCAGGAUUAAGGCUUUGGAGUAUGCUAAGACCAUAGCUAAGCCACUCGUUCAGCCACAGUCAAAAUCAAGUCACAAUCAACAGUCAGGAGGGUCCACCGGACACACUACUUCCUUCAAAGACUGGGACAUUGCACAUCUGGCCACAGUGGAUCUUCUGAUGAAACGCCACCAAGAAGAAAAGGAUGCAGUCUUCAGAAAAGUGCAAUUUACUUGAGGUCAUCUGCAAAUCAUCUUGUCGAAGACAAGCUGUAGUUAGUUAUGGUUGCAAUUAACACCUAAUGAAUGUAAAGGGGUUUUUGAUCCCUUGUUCCCCACACAAAAACAUAACUUUAUGGUAGGUGUAUUUUACAGACACAAUAUUAACAGAAUCUUAUGAUUUAAAUUGUAUUGGGUUGGGUUAUAUAUGUAUUUGAUCACCCUGCAACCACAAUAAUUCUGAACACUACAGACUGGCUAUGUGCAUGAAGCACUAAAAUUUGUCCUGUCUCUUCAGCUAGGAACUCCGGAAGAAGAGCAUGUAAGACAAUAGUCUGUUGUCCUCACUUGGGAGCUUCUUGCAAUAUCUCACUUUGGAAUAAGGAUAAUUCUAAGAAAAUUGUUUGGGCUGCCCAGAAUUACCAUCAUUUCCACACUAUAAAGCGCUACAUUUUCCCCCAGGCUUUGAACCUUGCGCUUUAUACAGUGCUACGGCUAAUUUAUGGAUUUUUACGGCUUCACGAGCUUCACAUGCCACCAAUUAAUUUAGCCUCGUCACAUCAGACAAAUAAAAUUGCUCACAUUAAAUCAAACUGACUGACGCAAUCAUUCAGUCAUCUAUUUAGCGUUAUGGACUCACCAUCGUUAUAGAGACACGUUGAAAUGCCUGAAGCUGAAGACGAUUGACACGGCUGUCGAAAAAGGAAACAGCCGCCGCAUGGAACGGAAAACCCCCAUCACUAAAUGACUGCCACGCACCAAAGAAGAUGACUUCAGGCUACUGUAAGCCGUGUUAUAGGCACUGUAUUGUGUAAAAUUUGUGAAUGAACACAAACGCUUGUGUGGAUUGUUUCAAUGUGUACACCUACAGCUUAUAGACUUUGGCCAAUAUAUGUACAGUCCAAAAAUGAGGUGGUUGCGGAUCAUAUUUAGGUGCGCCCUGAAGCUUGUAAAUUUGAUGAGUGUAUUAGUGAGAGCUGAGACAACAGUCACCGUAAACAUUGUGUGUAACUCAACUUGACCACAAGGUACCCCUGCUCAAAAGGCAUGCGCAUUUAAAGGCACCGAAAUUUAAAAACCUGCAUGAUCCAGAAAAGAGCUUGGAAAACAUGGUCAGAUGAAACCAAAGCUUUGCUCUUUCGCAUGACCUUGACUUAUCAUGUUUGGAAAUGCUGUAUAUAACCCCAGGAAGACCACUGUUCAACAUGGAGGUGGAAAUAUAAUGAUCUGAGUCUGGUUCUCUACUAAGGGUAGAAAAUCUUAGACUUCACUGGAUUGAGGGUCUGAUAAACGGGGCCAUUUAUGAGAUGAAAAUCUUUUGGUGUCUGCCAGAACACUGAAGAUAAGUUGUGAAUGGACCACGGCAACAAAGGAGUGGUUAUAGAAGAUGCACACCAGUCUCAAGACCUUAAUCCCAUAAAAGAUAUAUGGUGGGAGCUAAAACUUUAAGUUGCCAAGCGACAGCCUUAAAACCGGAAUUAUUCGGAAAUGAUCUGUAGAGGAUAUCCU